AUGACCAAUUUUGUUGGAAUAAGCAUAAGCUCUGGCCCCUCCGUCGAUCAGAUACUGAAGAAUGUUGAAUGGCCAGAGAAAUUCCCCUUUAAGGAGGAAGAUUUCCAGAGAUAUGAUGAGUCAUCAGAUUCCACAUUCUAUGAAGCACCUCGAUUCGUAACACACAUUGAUGAUCCUGCAAUUGCUGCUUUAACUAAGUAUUACUCCAAGGUUUUUCCACCUAGCAACACUCCUGGAGUAAGCAUUUUGGAUAUGUGUAGCAGUUGGGUCAGCCAUUUUCCAUCCGGAUACAAGCAAGAACGAGUCGUGGGAUUAGGCAUGAAUGAAGAAGAAUUGAAGAGGAACCCGGUCCUCACGGAGUAUGCUGUACAAGACUUAAAUGUGAACCCUAAACUCCCAUUUGAAGAUAACUCGUUCGACGUCAUCACUAAUGUGGUCAGUGUUGAUUACCUUACAAAGCCUCUUGAUAUUUUCAAGGAGAUGAGCAGGAUACUCAAACCAGGUGGAUUGGCCAUAAUGAGCUUUUCAAACCGAUGCUUCUGGACAAAAGCAAUCUCUAUAUGGACAUCAACUGGGGAUGCGGAUCAUGUUAUGAUUGUUGGGUCCUAUUUUCAUUACGCAGGAGGAUUUGAACCUCCUCAGGCUGUGGAUAUAUCUCCGAAUCCCGGACGUUCGGAUCCGAUGUACGUCGUGUACUCAAGGAAGCUCUCUGCCGCUUAA